AUGGAGCGCUUUACUGACGGUGUCCUGGUUCACAACCUCUCGUCUCGUCGCCUCACACAGCAACAGCUGGAGGUUUUAUCCCAUGACGCUAAGUUCAACACAAGAGAUGCUCGACCGGAAGAUUUCAUCGCAUCCUUCGAGUCGGCCCUUCAGAAGUGUGAAACCACAGCUCUGAUGAUGGAAACGAGGAAGUUUCCGAUACGUCAGCACCAAUACAGUGUGGUCCAUGGCAUCGCCUCAUUUUCUUCGUCUUCUUUUGAGGAUUAUGUACGGGAUAAGCUAUGUGGACCUCGAAUCUUUACUCAUGUUGAUAUAUGCAUAUAUAUAGCACGCAAUGCAGUCUGCUCUGUUUGUUCACAAAAUCUCCUCUUUAACGUAAUAGGGAACAUUUGCUAACAGAAGGACUUCUGCGAUAUGGAAAUUUGUGGCACAAUGACGACAUCUCUCAAGUCAGUGGUGAUUGGUCAGCUGAUAGAACAGUCAGUACAUCUAACCUGUUCAAAUAGCGCUUGUGAGUCUUAUUAAUUAGGUUAUGCAUAAGACACGUGACACAAAUCACGACAUAAAAAACGGAAAUUUACAGCAAUGCAAAAUGGAGAAUUGUCAAACCGAAAAAUGUUUACGACAAUAAAGCCUGCUAUUAUUUUAUGUGGAUGUCGGACCAUGUCAAGACGUGAUAUUGGAUACAACUGCUAGUCUUCGAAACAAGAAGAGACUCGUCUUACAUUUCCAACCAACCAGUCCUUCAUGGUAAAACAAACUCAUAUCAAGGGUCGAGGAUAUACAGUUGGUGGGCUAACGCAUGAAAUUUCAACCGGAAUUGCAAAAUUCGUUUUCGUUUCGAAAAGAUUACUUAAGCAGCGUUGUAAAACUAGUCAGCCUGCAACAAAAUUCUAUAAUAUUUCAGAAACCUCAGGGUGCCGGCUUUUGAACGAACGUUCUUCCGGCUGCAUACAGAAACCACAUUCCGCAAAAGAUGGCUACAUAAGUGGCAUGCAUUUUUCUCACUGAAUUUCGAUGUCCCUAAAAGUCCAAUUAUAUUUCAUGGAAAACAUGCAUAAAAUAUUAAUUCUUUUACUCAUUCAGUAGAAACGUACGCCUUCUUUCAGUUUUAUACUUGAAAGAUAUAAUUCGGUUUUAAAAGUUUCUAAUUGUGGGAAUUUUAAAUACCGUGAAAUGGCUGUUCUUAAAAUAUAAUGUCUCUGCACUUACCAAUGUGCCCUGUAAAGUUAACAAUAUGGAUCAAAUCCACUGUCAAAUUGCAUGAACCCUAUAUAGUCCCCCUUUAUUACCGUAAGGAAAUGUGUGAUCUUCCGUACGCGGAAAAGAAACGGCUUGUAGUUUGGAAGCCCUGAAUGCAAGUGUAGUGGUAGUGCGGGUUCAAAAUUAUUCGGGAAUUGGAAAAGUUUUUGAAAACCGAAUUGUACCCUUGCUUCGAGUACAGAUUGGAAGAAAACGUAGAUUGCUACCGAAUGAGCGGAGGAAUGAAUAUUUGUAUGCACGUUUUCCAUGAAAUAUAGUUGGACAUUUAGAGGCAUUGAAAAUCAAUGAGAGAAAUGAGUGAUAUUCAAGUAGUCAUUUUUUACAGAGUAUAGUUUUUGCAUGCAGCCGGAAAGAAGUUCAUUCGAAGACCGGCAUCCUGAGGUAACCGAAAUGAUAUAGAAUUAUAUUGCAGACUGACUAGUUUUACAACCCUACCUAAUUAAUCUUUUCGAAACGAAAACGUAUUUCGGAAUUUCGGUUGACAUUACAUGUGUUAGCCUACCUACUCUAAACUCGUAGGCUGCCAAGUGAAGUUCACCUGUAAUGUGAGUAUUUCGUGUAACGCCGUAAAAAGAGUCUUGCCUGCGACCUGGUGGCGACGUUUUGGUUAAGGGUUAAAAGCUACAAUAACAGAGUACAACGAUUAAAAAGUCAGAACCCCCCACUUCAGUAAGAAAGUGACAAGGAAAGCGUUAAUUGGUAAUUCCUUCCUCACGACAGAGGUCUUGGAGUUGGGGAUUUAACACCGGAUUCUGUAUGUAAGCUGCGAAAAUUGUGCGUCUUCGCAAGUACUUACUAAAAUCACAAGACACUACGUGCAGUGCGCAAAAAUGGCUGCCGUGGGUGGAUAGGAAUCGAUCAAUAUUUCGGUGGAAUGUGUAACCUAUGUCUCGAACUAUGUCUGCACGCCUCCCGCCACCGCUAAGAAUGGAUAUGAGACUGUUUCCGAAUCAGAACUAUCAGAGAAAGAGAGAGAAGGAUCGCGCUGUUUUGACUGAGGUUAAUUCUGCACUUUCAUUAAUUAUCUCAACAGGACGCCAAAAUAUUCUUGAUCGUACACACAAAAUUGGUGGAAGAUUCGAAGUCGCCAGUCUAUCCUUCCCUACAUACCAAGCACGCAAUUCGAAAAUGUACCGUCACGUGCUUUUCGUCGGGGUAGGAUGCUGAACAUUUUGGGAGGUAUCUUCAGUUACUGUCGGCACUUCACGCUUUGUAAAAAAGAUGUGCUAACUCAUGAAAUGUUAACCGAAAUUCCGAAAUGCGUUUUCGACUCAAGAAGAUUGCCUAAGUAGGGUUGUAAUAUUAAUGACCUACCAACAUAAUCCUGUAAUACUUUUGUUACUACAAGAUGCCAGCUUUUGAAAGAACGUCUUUCCGGCCAACUGCAAAAAAGGGCUACUCAAGUAGUAUGAAUACUUCUCAUUGAUUUUCGAUGCCCCUGUAAAUUCAAAUAUAUGUCGUGGAAGACUUGCAUAAAAAUAUUCAUUCUUUCACAUAUUUGGUAGAAAACUACAUUUUCAUAUUUUGUACUGGAUGAAAGUGCAUAAUUGGGUUCCAAAAAACUUUUCCAAUUCCCGAAUAAUUUUGAGCACGACUCUGCAUUCCGGGUUUCCAAACUACAAGUUGUAUGUUUUCCAUGUGCGGAGUACCAUUCAUUUCAUUACGGUAUUAAGAGGAGGCCACCUGGGGAUUCAUAAAAUUUGGCGGUUAAUUUGAGCCAUUUGAAAGCAACAUAAAUAAAUGCAGAGACACGAUAUUUUAUGAACGGGCGUCUCACGGUUUUAAAAAAUAUCCUAAUGAGAAACUCUUUUUACAACCAAAUUGUGCCCUUCCUCUUAGAACAAAAUAUGGAGAAGACGAAGUUUCUUAGCAAAUAUGUAGGAGAAUGAAUAUUUUUAUGCAAGUCUUUUAUGCCGUUACGUUUGUACUCCGGGUUUCCAAACUACAAGUUGUAUGUUUUCCAUGUGCGGAAUACCAUUCAUUUCUCUACGGUAUCAAGAGGAGACCGCCUAGGGUUCAUAGAAUUUUGCCGCUAAUUUUGGCCAUAUUGUAAAAUUCGCAAGCAACAUUAGUAAAUCCAUAGACACGGCGUUUUAUGAAUUGGCAUCUCACGAUUUUAAAAAAUAUCAUAAUUAGAAAGUUGUUUUACAAUCAAAUUAUGACCUAUCGUCCAGUAUAAAAUAUGAAGAAGACGUAGUUUUCUACCAAAUAUGUAAAAGAAUGAAUAUAUUUAUGCAGGUCUUCUAUGACAUAUAUUUGAAUUUACAGGAGCAUCGAAAAUCAGUGAGAAUAAUUCAUACUACUUGAUUAGCCCUUUUUGCAGAGUGUUGUUUUUGCAGGCGGCCGGGAAGAAGUUCUUUCAAAAGAUGGCAUCCUGUAGUAACAAAAUUAUGAUGGGAUUAUGUUGCUAGGUCAUUAAUAUUACAACCCUACUUAAGCAAUCUUCUUGAGUCGAAAACGCAUUUCGGAAUUCCGGUUAACAUUUCAUGAGUUAGCACACCUACUGUAGAUCUCUUACGGUGAACAAAGGGAACGCGGGACUAGAUAUGUGGGAACCUGCAAGAUGAGUUAUUAUCAGAGGACCUCUAGUUCGACUGCUUAUUGUAGGACAUUUCCUGCUUUGAAUACAGGCAGACAGACUGAACCGCAGAGAGAGCCUUCUACUUUGAGUUAACUUUCCUAGAUCACAUCUAUCCGACGCGAUGAACUCCACAGGAAGCCCCACGAAGUAGGCGCGGCAGCGGUGAGUUCUGCGUGAAUUGGUUUAUGACAACAGAGGACUUGCGCAGCCUCUGUCGCACUCUCCCUCUUCCUUCUCCAGCCUUGCUGCGAUAACAAGACAAGAUCAAGACUAUCGGAGGGGGGCCCGGACGCAGCUAAGCAGCUCGUAUGUGCGUUCUACACACGAUCUGGCCCCCAAGGGACGGCUUGAAUCUCAUGUGGAUGGGGGUGUCACAAUGACCACAUUAAGAAGGGAUCAUUGCAACCUGAUUCUCAGUCCUGCACUUACUCCAAAAUACUCCCAUGGAGACCAAGUCAUCGCAUCAGUUGACCAUCUUUCAAGCCAAUGACUCUAAGCUCGCAGGAUUUGCGAAGCUCCGUGGUCAGCAAAGACUUCUUUGAUAAGAAGUAGAAGCGAUCGCUGGAGCAAGAGAUUUAUUCGCCUGACGUUCCGGAUUCUCGCUCGAACCCAUUAAAGAGGAAUGUCUCUUGCGAAAUGAAGUCAAGAUGCCAUGUCCCUUUUUACUUCUAUUUCCAAGGAUCUGGCAAUCGAGAUCGUCGAGCUACUCCUACAAACCAAAUACAAUGAAAUGGAGAAUCGUACUGGACAUAUCCAAGUCCUUCAGCUCCUAAAGUUCUGUCUCAGGACGUACUUCACGUUCGACGGAACAAUCUACGAGCAGGCGGAGGGAACAGCAAUAGGUUCGCCGAUCUCGGGGUUCAUUGUCGGGGCGGUCCUGCAACGAUUAGAGUCGCUGGUCUUCCAGCACCUCAGACCAAAAUUGUGGGCUCGGUAUGUGGACGAUACCUUCGUCGUUAUCGAUCAGGAUCAACUGUUGACAUUCAAGGAACGUCCGGAUGCGGUCUUCCCCGACAUACAAUUUACGAUGGAGCAGGAGGGAAACAACUAACUGGCUUUCCUGGAUAUCCUCGUCUGUCGCAAAGAUUGUAGUGGCCUAAAGACCAAAGUGUUCAGGAAAGCGACGAACAAGACUCAAAUACUGAACUUCGACAGCAGUCACCCAAUCAGCCACAAACGCAGUUGCGUAAGAAUGCUAUAUCGGCGUGUUGAGACGCACUGCAGUGAACCGAAAGACAAAGUUGCCGAAGUUCAAUAUCUUCGACGGGUUUUCAGAGAAAAUGUUUACACGCGCAACUUCGUCAACCGGUGAGUGAGCAAACGGGACGAGCGACAAAAUGGUACCGACCACAAAUUCUGGCGAGCGAUCCCGUGCAUCAAGUACUUCUCCGAGGCCGUUAGUCGCCUUCUCGCACCACUUGGGGCUGGAGUUGCACACACACCGGCGGCUACCUUAGGGCGUCAAGUGGUGAGACCAAAAGACUCACUGCCACGGCAAGAAAUAUCUGGAGUCAUUUGACGGAUCUGGUUUAGUUGAGGGCAAAACAGCUACGUCGGAGAAACUGGAAGACUGCUCCGGACGCGAAUCACCGAACACGCGACAGCGGUGCGGAGAAAUGACGCUAACUCACAGGUCGCGGCCCAAUCGACGAGAUCAGGCCACAUAUUCAAGUUCGAUGAGGCCAACAUUAUCGUAAGAGGUGAUAAUCGCAUGGGACGCAAUUUGCUUGAGUCAUGGUUCACGGGACCUCAGUCUAUCACCAAGAGUAACGAUAUCCCUACCCCAUAUUUCGUUCUGGGGCAUAGUCUGGCCAGAGGAACUAACCACUCGGGGGCAUGCAGGCCGGUGAACCAGAUGGCCGAGCAGUCAUCACGCCAGGAUCCAAAAUGGGUGAUGAGAUUUCGGAAGUCAACAAUUUGCAUGCCGGCCAUCAAGCAAUUAGCGCACCAGCGGUCAGCGAUCUCGAUGAAGGGAAGAACGGUUAAUUAUCACAGGUACACAGUAGCACAUAAACCGCGUCCUAUAAAUGUCGCAACUUCCUGUGCAUGAAUCAUCCGUUUCUGUCACUGUCUCUGAUGAGCGAGAAUUCUAAACGUCGGGCGAAUAAAGCUCUUAUUCCAGCGAUCGUUUCUACUUCUUAUCAGCAAGUUCCUGGAACUCGAAUCGUCGCUUGUAUCGGGAAAGACCUCUUUUUUGGCGCCUAUGAAUGAGGUGCGUUCCACUGCCGUGCCGGACAGUACAGACUAUCUACAGAAAGCCAGAAACUUGUUGAAAGAUCGUCAGUCAUGGAGUCAGCGUUAAUCCAGUCCCGUAAAAACACCGACACGCGAAAUCAGUGCGACUCCACUGGCAAUGCAGAGCCCAGGUGCAAUGUCGUCUAUCGACCGACGCGUGACGAAAGCACGAGAGACGGUCUCCCAAAGGUAGACCAGGAGAGCGCUCCCCUUCGACACGUCGUCUAUCAUUCGCAUCAGGUUCAUUAUGUGUCCCCUGCACCCGCCGGCCAUCCGAGCCGAUUGAGCAGCUGAUAAGGGGAUGAUGAGCGCAAUGUCCGACGUGGCUUGAAGGCCUGUCAAAAUGUCUGUAAGCGUGUGCUAUGCCAGUAUCAGCAAACCAUGGCCCUCGCAGCCUGGUAUGCACUGGCAGGUCCCCGCCGGUAGACGCGCUUGCGCUCCCGCUGGGCAUACAGGUGGUGAACAUGGCCAUCCGGUCAUCUUCGUCCUUCUGACCCGUUGCGGUGUUGUGUGGACCAGGGGAGGUGGUGGCACGCCUAGGUGCGGGUCCGGCUGUUCCAGCCACUUGCGCUCUCCCUCGUCUCCGGUCUUCUUGACUCUGUCUUGACACCGGGUACAGGUAGAGAGUAGGGAGGAGAGAGACUGCGUAAGAUGCUGUGCAGGUCCACCAUCACUCUAAAUUAAUUCACGCGCAAGUCGCCGUCCCUGCCCUCACCUUGCUGUGUAGCACACAAUGGACAUCGACGGAAUCGACGGUCGAACUGUGUGGCUUGAAGGCCUACUUAUGGGGCGCCACCACACGCGCGUACGGCAGUAGCUAUAUGUUCGGCCUUCAAGUUUGUGAGCGUCUGAAAUGCCAUUACUUAACAAAUCGUGGCCCGCGCAGUCUGGUGUGUGCUUGCGGUUCUCUGACACCUGGUUCCCUGCCGGUAGAUGCGCUUGCGCUCCCGCUGGGUAUUCAGGUCGUGAGCAUGGCUGCCCAGUCAUCCUCGCCGUCUUUCUGACUCGUUGUAUUGUUGUUUUGGAUGGUUAAAUCCUGGUCAAGUUUUUUUGUGGACCAGGGGGGGGGGUUGCGGUACGCCGUGUCAGCCACCUGCGCCCUCCCCUGCAUUUGGUCUCCUCGACUCUGUCUUGACAUCGGGUCCAGGUGGGGGAGGGGGAGAGAGUGUGGUAAAUGCUGCACAAGUAAACUCAAACUGUCAAUAGAAGCAAAGAGACGAGUCCCAGAAAGCAGUCUUGAAGAAGGAGACACGAUCGCUGGGACAAGAGCUUUAUUAGCCCGACGUUUCAAAUUUGACGAGGCCGAAAUCCUCGCUAGAGGUGACGACCGCGUGAGCCGGCAGCUGCUUGAGUCAUGGUUUACUGGCCCCCAGUCUAUUAACAAGUGCAAUGAUCUUCCCAUUUCAUACUCGGUGUUGAGACUUCGCCUAGGCGGAGUAAUUGGCCACGCGGGGGGCACACAAGUGAACACUUUUCCCAAAACGAGAGUCAGUACGUCAGACGGUCGAGCAGUCAUCACACCAACAUCCAGCGCGAAUGAUGAAAUUACAGCAAUUAACGACGCGAAAGUCGGCCAUCACACCACGUGCGACGAUCCCGGAUGAAGACGGGGGGAGGGGAGCCGUGAAUAUUCAUAGGUAUGCGGAAGCAUGGCAACUGCACCCUAUAAAUAGUGCAGCCCCUUAUACAUGAUCCACCCGUAUCUGCUUUUGCCUCUGAUGAUGGGUUCGAGCAGGAAUCCGAAAAGUCAGGCUAAUAAAGCUCUUGUCCCAGCGAUCGUGUCUCCUUCUUCUACACUCUAAGUGUUACCUAAUUGACACGCAAGUCAACAUGCUUGCUUCGCCUUGCUAUAGGGCACACCGUGAACAUCAUGGGGCACGACGGUCGAACUGCCAGUUAUGAGCAUCCUCGGGCUCUGCGCAGCCAGAUUAAUGCGUGCCAUGGGCCGAUUUGGCUCAAUGCAUCUCCAGUGCAGCCGGUUCUUGGGGCUGUUGCGCUCGUCCAAAUAUUGUAACCUAAUUAUAAACUUCUAAAUACGAGUUUCGAUUAAGAUUAGUAGUGAGAAUUGGCGGAUUUUUUUAGUAUUUACAUGUUCAAAUCCCACCGGAAGACAAAACAAUCCAUAAAGAGGAGGCGCAAGGGAGUCUCCAAAGUUCGACAGCAGAUGUGACGGGGCUAGCGCCUGACCAAACUGUAGGAUUUCGCAGUCAUUGUGUAGGCAUGGCCCGAAUGUGCUUGUGAAACCGCUGACCACUGAGGCCUGUCAAGGAUGAUCACUAAUGAAAGGUUAAAUGCGAAGGAUAAAUAUGAGAAUUUUCUAAUUCUUCGUAAAGAUAGUUGUGGGUGCUCGUAUAAGAAAUUAAAAGUAGAACAGUUGCCGCACACAUACCGCCUAUUAAGGCCGUGCGCACAUAGUUCAGCGGAUGAGUGUGGCUACUAAUUUCCCAAAAUAUUCAAAAAUUGGAGCUUUUAAAUAUGCUCACGAGCUGCUCAGUUAUAUUUAAAGUCAGGUGAAAUUUGGGUACAUUUUAAUAGUUCGCGUGUAACCGGACUUAAGACAGCGUGUGGUAGUUCACGUUACCAGAGCGUUGACAGUACAAUCACGUGCUACUGUCUAGUUUUAGUAGGCACUAUUAUGUGAGUUUUUGUCUGAGUAGAGGGACAGGCAGAGCAUUGAAAGUUAGCUUUAAUCGAGUAGAAUAACAGAUAGGGCGCAAGGAUGAAGCCUUAAAGGUGGCUCUUUGAAAGGUUACACACAGGACUCUAGUUGUCUGCGUUUGACGACUCUAGAGAUGUGUUUUCGAUUAGAAAGGAUACAUUAAGUUGAAUUGUAACAGAGACUACCAUGGAUCAUAAUCAUUUGGUAGAAAAUUGCACUUUUUUCAAAGCUUUUGCAUAAAAAGGAUAGCUUUGGGUUUUAAAGAGCUUUUCCGAUUUCCAAAUAAUUUUGAACCCGGCCCGCAGCUGCACUUGGGUUUCUUAACUACAUGCUGAAUACUUUCCGCGCGCGGAAUGCCAUAUGUUCCUUUAAGCUAUUGAGAAGUUGUCAUCUAAGAAUUGCCAUAUUUUGUAAUGGAUGUGGACCUUAUUGUAUACUUCAUAAACUGCAUAAAUAAACGAACAAAUGCAGCGCUGUAUGAACGGACUGCAUGCAUGAGAAAUGGCAUAGCGACCGCUCGGUCAUGCAGAACACACUGAUCGGUUUGCUGAUUUCAAGUGUGAAUUGUGCAAUCAAAUUGUCCUUCCAUGACGCGCGUUUCAGGUCGUGACUCCUUUCUGCUCUCGUCUCCAUAAAACAGGCUGUUGUGAGAAAGGAUACAACGAAAAGGAAAUCAAUGGGGGUCUUGCUAAACCUUGAAUAAUUUAUUUUGGACCGACUGUGAAAAACUCAGCGACCUUGGUGUGGUCCGCACUCACAACAGCAAGGAGAAGGCGUGAGUACAAGCAAAGCUCUGACCACCUUAGCCACGAGGCCUUACUGGGAAUCGUAUACUUUAUCACAACUGAGUUAAGUUACCUGCCAAUCCUGCUGCAACCUAUGGGAUCCACUAAGCUGACUGACCAAACAGCACUUCCUAAGUAAUCAAUCUAGUAUUCGCCAGAUGAUUACCAGGCUCACGUAAUUCAUACGUGUCUUGGUAGAUUAUGGAUAAUUUAUUUUGACCAAAAGUUGCAGUAGGCUGGAUACGUAACUUGACCCAAAUGUGAUUAAAUUCGCGGCUCCCAGUAGGGUCUCGUGGUUUAGGUGGCUGGAGCGUUGGCUUUACUCAAGCCUUCCCCUUACUGUCGUGAAUUCGAAAACUAAAUCAUCAUUUAACUGGCAAGAUAGAUUAAGAACCUCAAUCACGCACAGCUGGACCCAAUUCCACGGAAUAGGAAGUUUAUCGGAUGUAGACUUGUAGCAGCCGCUCCAGCCCCCUUUUCUCCGGCUCCGUUUUGUUGGUCGAUGGCCGCGACAAGCACUGACAGGCCGCUGACACACGACCACCCACAUCGGCUAGAACUGGGGCGCCUCCUGUCCAGCUGCAGUGACUCCCGGCUGCCCUCACAAACUAGUAUGACCUAACGCGCGUCGAACGCUCUGGCUUGAUUCCCGUGAGGCCUUGUGACUAUGCGCCCUCCAUUCCUCCCCUAAUUUAUCCAAUCACACGACCAACACUCAGACACUCACACCCGCGUAAACAACACACCCCGACUGACGCUCUCCGUGAACGGACGCUCGCUCUGUUGCAAGCAAACAGCCAACCUACGACAACCUGCCCUGUGUACAGAAUAAACUAGUUCCCACAGCUCCCUGGCUUCUGUCAUCAGAGGAAACGAACUUAUUGUGUGUGGUUUAAGUUGAUCUCACAUCCUUGACCGCCACAGACUGAGCAAGCCAAGGUCACCGAAAGAGCAUUACGUGGUAGAUGUCAAUGAACACCCACGCGCGUUUGAGGGCCCUUAUUUCCCUGACCUUAUGGACUCGUGCAGGGGCCGAAACUUAGGGCCAAUGAAAAACACUAAAAUGCGAAUGGCGUUUACAGGGCUGUACUCGAACGGCCACUAAGGCAAAAUCGGGGUCACACCAGUUGGCAACGAGGUCACAAAGUCUGACAGGAAGGAGAAAGUUUAGUAUGUCGGUCACAGCGCGGCGUUCAGGCCCCAAAUAGCUCUUGGCCUGUUUUGAUAUUUAUCGGGUGUAUCAUAAUUGUAUCAGCACGAGCAGGCGCGAGGCCAGGCUCUACGGUGCAAGGAGUGACCUGAAACAAUGUUUCACCUACUAAACCGCUAGUUUGGGUUCGUGUAGUCGAACAUUAGCUUUUUUGCGCGUUUUAUCUGUACGGCUGCAGGAGCAAUAGCGACAUAGAGGGUGAUAGGGGACGCCGCGUGCUCAUCUUCCUCCAUCUGGCACCUGAUUUGUGUUACUGCAAAUGUACGAUUGAGAGAGGGGACCGACACUUAAGUUGGCGGUACUAAAUCCUGCAGUGCAGAACUCUUCGCGGAAUAGUGCCUAGCUUGUAGGCCUGGGACUAGCCAGUCAUUGCAAAUUGUUGGCUUCUUGCUCGGCAUCGUUACAGUGGAAGUCUGUGUUACGUUCUUGACGUGACGCCCAACUGGAAGCCCUGCCCGCGACUGACGCGAUAUAAACGGGCAUUCUGUCUGGGCGUGUCGUUAAGGUGGCGUGCGAACAAGUCGGUAAGGGCGGCUCCCAGUAAUUUGGCCCUUUUGAGUUCUGAAACAUCCCCCCUUUCUGUGCUGUCGGUUGAUGAGUUUAGUGGUUGAAAAUAUGGACUGCAUUUUUCUGAUAAAGCAACAUCCCAGUGCUGUUUUUUUUGCUUUCCUUUCUGCCGAUGGAAUGAUGUCCGUAUCGCAGGCGACUUGCGGUGAAAUUAAAUGAACACCAGGCUCUACACCCAAGACAAACCAAAACAGAUAAUUUCGGUCUAUCAAUUAAACCAAACAGGUGAGUUCCGCUGCAAAGUAUGUUGUCAUCAGUAAACCUUCUGCUAAUUUAGACCGCCCCUACUGCGGCAUGCAUCCCAAAGGCGCGCAGUCAUUCACGGACGCAUGCAACAGUGUCGAGGCAAGCAGCGCACGCAUGGGCAGAGUAAAUCCGAUAGGUCUACAGGCUGGCACGCUCUCUUACCUCCUUAAUGGCUUCUAUACAAAAAACUGACAAAAAACGCAAUUCUCAUCCCCUGUCCGGUUCAAAACAGAUGCUAUGACCGCGUUAUCGUGCUGCUACUGAAAGCAUGGCCUGCCUACGCAUACUAGCCAGUUCCAAAAUUAGUUUUAGUCCAGGCAAGCUUUUGACUAUCCCGUCACACCCUGGAAUUCUGACGUCGUUCUGAGGGCUUGACCAUGCAACGUGGCACAUUGACGGAAGAAGACAAUCACCCAGUCGCCGGCCACUCACCGGGAAGGCAAUUACAGCUGACCGAUUUUGCCGAUCUCUAAUCGUUUCGUAAUAUGACUCGCUUUACUCCCUGGGAAAAAUGUCACCAAGUUACGUCGUGUUUAGUCUCCAUUAGGGGUUAGAUACAUAGAAUUGGUUAUGACCUUGCCGCACGUUCCGAUGGUCGCCCGUCUAACAACUGCCCUCGACCGAACCCCCAAAUCAGAACUCAACAGUAGGAGCGGAAGAAAAUAAGUGCAUCGGAAUAUUCUAACAAGGUAUGUAGGGUGAUAAAAGGGGCAUAUGGAAGUAUUCAAGGUCGAACUGAAAUUGGACCAAUCAGCUAUUGGUCCUGAGUGGAUAGCGUGCCGGCUGAACUUCUGACUCAUUUGAUUGGUUGCUUAAACCUCCAGCUGGCACGGUAUCAGCACGCUCACGGCGUGUGGGCGGAUCUUUAGGACGGGUUGUGAGCAGGCCGUUAGGCCGUCGUGCAACGCAAUAGCCAACCGUGUUUUUCCAACGCCUUCACGUCAGCUAAAUUGUAGGAUUUGAGCCGCGGGUUCAAAGUGUUUGAAGAGAUCGCCUUGAAACUGGGAUUGCGGUUUCUUGCCUUGCUUUCGGCAAAUCGAAUGUGCCCAGUAGUAGAUCCAUUGAUAGAAGUGGGCAUGAAUUUAGUACGUUAUUGUGUCUCAGCCGACUGGCGUAGCUCACCCAAAUAUCUGAUCUGACCAGAAUCCCGUAGACGACGCCAACACUUUCAGUGAGCACUCCUAAGCGUCCACCAAUUCCUGACUGCCCUUAUAGGCAUUUGUCAAAAUCCUCUCAGCCGGAUUGAAUGAAUGCCGCUUUGCUCAGUGGCGUCUGUCGAAUUGUCUUUCCACCGACCUUGGGCGGAAUAUUUCACGACCAACUUUCUGUUGUCUUCGCACGAAUGGUGUUGGAUGAAAUUCGUCGACUGGAAUGCGAAGCUUUCGCUACAUUAAAGCCUCUGCAGGAGGGAAGUCCUUUGGAGACUUAGGGUUUGGUUCAAUUAGGGGGGGCCUAAUGGAGGAGAGAUGAAAGCCUUGCAAUCGAAGAACGCCCGUAAAAGUCAGCUACAGUAGGUGGGCUAACUCAUGAAAUGUCAACCGAAAUUCUGAAAUGCGUUUCCGUUUCGAAAAGAGUAAUUGAGUAGGGUUGUAAGACUAAUCAUCCUACGGCAUAGUUCUAUAAUCAGUCAGUUACCUCAAAAUGCCGGCUUCCGAACAAAAUUCGUUCCGGCUGCAUGCGAAAGCUACAUUCUGCAAGAAAUGACUACUUGAGUUUUCGAUGCCCCUAAAAAUCCAAUUAUAUUUCAUGGAAGACAUAUAUAAAAGCAUUAAUGUUUUUGCUCAUUCGGUAGGAAAUGACGCCUUCUUCCAAUUUUAUACUCGAAUAAAGGGCAUAAUUCGGUUUUCAAAAACUUUUGCAAUUCGCAAAUAAUUUUGAACCCGACCUACCGUUACACUUGCAUUCAGGGUUCCCAAACUACAAGCCGUAUACUUGCCGCGUACGGAAAACCAUACAUUUCUCUACGGCAUUAAAGGGAGAAUAUAUAGGUUUCAUGAAAUUAAGCAGUGGAUUUGAUCCAUAUUGUUAACUUUACAAGCCACACUGGUGAAUGCAGAGACAUGACGAUUUAUGAACGGCCAUUUCACGGUAUUUAAAAGUCACACAAUUAUAAACUUUUUAAAAACCGAAUUAUGUCCCUCCUUCAAGUAUAAAAUUGAGAGAAGACGUAAUUAUCUACUGAAUGAGCAAAUGAUUGAAUAUUGUUAUGCCUGUUUUCUAUGAGAUAUACUUGAAUUUUUAAGGGCAUCGAAAUCAGUGAGAAAAAUGCAUGCCACAUAUGUAGUUAUUUUUUUUUACAGAGCAUAGUUUUUGCAUGCAGUCGGAAAGAAGUACGUUCGGAAGCCGGCAUGCUGAGGUGACGGAUUUGUUAUAGAAUUAUGCUGCACGAUGAUUAGUUUUACAAUCCAACUUAAUUAAUCUUUUCGAAACGAAAACGAAUUUCGAAAUUUCGGUUGGAAUUUCAUGAAUUAGCUCACCUACUGUAGUUGUUUUGCCCGCAACUGCACCAGAUCCGGAAACCUACCCGGCAAAAUCACUGCCCAGAACGUCAGAUCUCAAACGAACCUCUCCGGCGAACGUCCAUUUUUCUUAUUCUUCUUCUGCUUUUUUCUUCUGCCACACCACCUGGGAAUUGCAUCUUCACUACUACUGACUCCACGCAUUUCAUGCAGCGACAGCAGACAUUUCGGCAUCGUUACUUGGCGUCCGGUCCGUCGCAGUUGACAAAUUCCGAGAAGUUCUCUACGUACAGCAGUGCUAGUCAAAAUGUGGAGUCAGUUUGAUUUGAUUUCUCACUUCGUUUAUGCACGUAGCGGAUAGCCAUUCUCUCUAAGUACCCGUCGACGAUUUGUCAAUCCCGCAACCCUCUCUUCCGACACACUUUAAUUUGUCUCAGCACGUCGGCACAACAACAUUAUGCAACUUCGGUUCUGACUGAUUACGUCGUUGCUGUUGUUGCUGAAUACAUGCGCCGUAUUUUUCGCUUGUCUGAAUACUCCGACUUUUAGGCAACCGUAGUCUUGCGACAGACGACGACAACAAUGAGGACUGUUCCCCGCCCUCCUCCUCCUCCUCCUCCUCCUCCUCCUCCUCCUCUUCCUUCAUCUUCUUCUUCUUCCUCUUCUUCUUCUUCUUCUUCUUCUUCUUCUACUUCUCCUCUUGCUCCUCUAUCAUACGCGUCGGGAAAGGCGCGUUCAGAUGUUUAUUGGAUUUCAGUGUUUGA